CAAACCCCAUCUCUCUCUCUCUCUCUCUCUCUCUCUCUCUCUCUCUCUCCAAAUGAAGAAUCCCACAGACCCUCCUCCCUUCCCAACUCCAAAACGCUCCUCAUCUCGCCGUACAAAAUCCUUCUCCUUCUCAUCAUCAUCAUCCUCAUCCUCACCGUCGAAUCCUGACUCUCCAUUAACUCCAACCAUUCCCCUCCCAUUUUCCAACGGCAUCCCUUUCUCAUGGGAACAACAGCCCGGCAUCCCCAAGCAACCCAACUCCCUUUCUUCCAAUCCCAACCGUCCAUCGUCUCUCGAUCUCCUCCCUCUCCCUCCUGCUUCCAUCUCCACCACCCCCAAGAAGAAAUCUCAAGAAAUCAUCAGCGCAGGACCAGAUCCUUUCAUCACAGCCUUACUGGAGUGCUCCAAAGAUCAUCAACGUGAUCCAGUGGCCCAUCAUUGGAAAGGCGAGAGGGUUUCAAGAAGUCUAAGUGAUCGGUUCGGAUUCAUCGAUCUCUACGUUUCUUGCAAACGGACGUGCACUGUUACAGAUUCGCAUGUUUUCCUUCCUAGGCCGAACCGGCCGGCUUACGAUCUGCUGAACCGCCGGUCCGGUUGACCACAUCUCCGCACUACUCCUACCGACGCUUCUUUUUUUGGUAAAAAAGAAAGCAGUAUUUUUACACUCUUUUCUCUUUUUUUCGAGGAAUUGUAUGAUCCUCAGCCCGAGGACAUGCACUAUGUACUUGGGUUUUCAUUUUGUACAAGUGCGCCCAUGUGAAAAUAUUCUAGUACAUUGGUCUGUUCGUGGGAACCUCUCCCGUAUUGGAAGAUCCUAGCCGUUAAUCUUGUAUCUUUUAUUUUUCACCUAAAUGUGGAAAAUUGGUGUGAUCAUGGUUCGAUCUCUAUAUUUCUCUAUUUUCACCCAUAAUCCAAAUGUUAGUAAUUGUGAGUGGUUGAUCAACGGUGGGAAAAAACUGACCAACGGUUUGGAUUGUAGAAAUGUGCGGUCCAGUUAGACUAUCUGAAAACCCGAGUAUACUUUGCCUGUCCUAGGGCCGAGAAUCAUAUCUCCUUCUUCUUUUUUUUGCAUGCAUUCACUCCUUUUACUACUUUUAGCAACCGUUAUCUCCUGAGCGUUUGACGCAAUGCACCAAAUUGCGGCUGUUUGAUUCUAUCCUUUGCAUUCCAAAACCUGAUUAAUUACAUCUUAGCCGUUAAUCUACAUACCACCACCAAUUGGACGGCUAUGAUCAUCCCAUUAAUGUAAUUUUCAAGCUGUGCUCCAUCUACUCUAGAAUUCCUGAUUUGGGUUGUCUUGCAUGGAUGAGUGUUGUCCAAAACGGUCAUGUAUUCGCAUGUAUCGGCCUAGAACGACCCUAUUAGGAGCGAUAUGUUGCACUGAAAUCCAUUCACUUCCCACAAUUUAGUAUUUUGUGACAAACGCACAUGGAAGCCUAUCUACUACCAAUGUAGUACAAAAAAGGGGCAAUUCAGGUUCGAAAAGUAGAGGAAAGGGUUGUAUGUGUGAAAAUUGGGGUGUACAAAUAUCCAAUAAUAAUAAUAAUAUAUGGCUGGAUUUUAUUUUAUUUU